AUGCCACAUUUCUCAGUCGUCUCACGCUCACAGUGCUCACCCAAGCAGAUUCGUUGUGUGUCUGAUCCCGUCAACCAAGAAGAACCCUGCCAAGGAUGUCACAAGCUCCGAGUCUCAUGCACAUAUGAUUAUGUACGCAAAAAGCCAGGAAGGAAGAGCACUCGAGGUGCCGACGAGGCUUCAACACAUCCCCGAUCUUUCUCUUCCUCGUCCUCCUAUCAACCUGAUCAUCCUGAGCUGCCUCCCCAUCGCAAAGGACAUCUACCCUCCCCUUAUAUCCCCUCGCAAGCGCCCCGUCCACGUAGUGAUACUCAGCCGUCGUCUUCCUCGCAGUCUCCCCUCAACGACACACGUCAUUAUGGUCGUCCUUACUCCUCAUUUGUCAUCUCACCACAAGACAAGAACGACAGCAUCUUCUGGCUGGACGCCAUGUUAGACACUGGAUGGCUCUCUGCCGCAGAUGCACCUGAUAUGCUUGGUCCACCGGAAUACCCCUCAGAACAAGCUCAUCUUCUCUCUUUAGAAUCCCCAGAGCUUGUGCUCGCCGCAGCCUCAAGCUCUAGUAACCUCAACCACCUGGUUCAUCCGACUAAGAGAGAGCCUCAACUUGAGGACGUGACAAGUUGGGCAGAUAUCAGUCACUUCAUAUCUCUCUUCUUGCAAUAUCUCUACCCUCUGCUUCCCUUGGUACAUCGACCAACAUUCUCCGAAAACUUGGCGACGAGGCGUGAUCUGAGAGAUAUUGAUUUUCGGGCACUCUUACUGAGCAUCGGGUACUUAUUAUGGUCAGACCAAUCUCACACAAAUCAGCACUAUCAUAUUGUGGGUAACCCACGCUUAGCAGGAAUGUGGGCUGAGGACAGUGACACUUUCUACCUAUUAUCCAUAGGGUUGAGUCAUACUGCUGGAGCUAGAUUGGGUCAGGCAGUGCAGCUGGCCUACUGCAUGGGGAUACACAGCGACUGCAAGACUGCUUCUUUGGGCGUCGAUGCGAUUGAGGCUCAGCUCCGACGACGGGUAUUCUGGCAGCUAUAUGCCAGCGACAAAACUCGAGCUAUUCCAGGCCCUCCCAUGCUCAUAAACGACUUUCAAGGAACACCGUCUCUUCCUGCGCCUAUUGACGACGAGUUCAUUACUCCCCAAGGCAUGUUCCCCCAACCUCCCACACGUACCUCUGUUCUCGUCGGAUUCGUCGCCAUUUCGCAAGUAUUCAAGAUCAUUUCCAAAGCAUUCUUCCAUCAUCGUUGUAUCCAAUCAGAGAUGGGAUCGGUCAGUCCGAGUUGGAUUGCAGAGGCUGAAGGGAACCUGCAACGGUUGCUGGAGGGUACCCCGGAAGCUAUUUCAAGACCUGAGUUGGUGAAAGAGGAAUCGAUGAAACGAGUCUUCGGAAUGCAAAGGGCCAAUAUCCUCAUCACAGCAGCCAUCGCCAAGUUUGCUUUGUUUGACUUACGAGCGGCUCUAGACCGAAAUGAGAAUUCUUUACGGAGGGAAAGAGAAGAUAUAGCGCGAGAAAUCCAUUCGCUCCUUAUGGAGUACGUCUGUCUCUCUUAUUCCGUCGUAGUCAGAGUCUUACAUGGCAGUAUACCCGUCGAAGACAUGGCCUCCAACGGGGAGUCGGUCCGGGGAAAAGUAUUCCACAUUGCUUGCGCCUUGGUAUCGCAAGCGCUCCCCAAUGCGGAUCAAGAGCUCAUUCGGGAUUGGUGCAACAUGUUCUCCGCCAUAACCUUUGUCCAGAUGCCCCCACCCCCAGACCCUCAAGUUGAUAGCCGCCCCACCUCUCCCCAUCGACAGGAAACACCGCCGAUCGCAUCUAGAACGUCAUUAUGA